UUAUUUUGUAAUUGGAAUUUUUAUUUGUUACACAAUGGACAACGAUGCCCAAUCAGUUACUAUUGCUAUCCCGAAGCCUCGGGAGUGUGAAAAAUCAGCUGAUCGUCUCUAUAAACAAGUGAAAAUUAACACAAUCUUGAAGCGGAGUAUGGAAAAGCGCUGUAGAAGAUACACAAACGAAGAUUCAUCUCGUAAAUACUCGAUCACUGGCGAUAAACCAUUGACGUUGAAACAUUUUAAAAGAGAUGAAUUGUUGGUGCCUUUCAAAGUUUACACGAAGACGCAAGAACACGAUAAGCAUAAGCAAAAACUAGCAAUAAAAUAUAACGAAAAAUAUAAGGUUAUUAGAACUGAUUUACAAAAGAGACUUCACGUUGAAUACCCUCCUGACGACGUUAACGCUGUUACUGAUGUCGAUGAAGGAUUUUUCAACUACGUGAAUGGGCGAUCCCUUAAAGAUCGUGUUCCACUUUUUAAAUCACUUAAAUUUGCCCUCGCAGAUCUAGUAAGAAUAAAGCAAGAGAUUGGUACAAGAAAUGAUGCAAUCUUAAACAUUGAGACAAACUGCAGAAAUGAAUUAAAAAUGUACGAUUUAAGCCUCAAGAGAUUCACGGAGCAAGCUAAAUGUUUCGAUAACUUUAUAUCCGAAGAUUAUAGAAAAUCAAAAGAUUUUCUUGACGAAUGGGAUAAAUUGAAAGUAAAACUCAAUAUAAAGAUUUCAGAACUACAAAAUGUAGCUGCUGAAGAAUUCACAAUAAUAUCUAGACUAAUGGGAUUAGACUAUUUGUAUGGUGUACAGCAAAAGUAUGGAAGAUUUUUGUAUUAUUUAUCUCCACCUAGUUGGCGUUCAAAGAACAGAGAAUUCGCGCAGUCCGUUGAAAUCGAAGCCAAGGGUUUUGAUUUAGGCUGUUCAAGCGAAGAAGAAACUUUCAAAGUUAUAUUCGACAAAAUGCAGAGAGAAUGCUUUAGUAAUUUAGUGAAACCUGUUUUGUAUUUCAAACAUCCACACGAUCUACUAAAUAUAUUCGAUGGAAUCGAGAAACAGGAGUUGCAUCAUUUUACUUACGUGACCCAUUUGGCCCCGCAUAAAAAGAUGCUUAAAGAAGGCAUUGUGUGUUUAAAAGAUAUGAUGAAACAAGAAAGUGCUUUAGUUGCAAGUUUUAUAAAGCGAAUUGAGACACUUCUUGAAUUCAGUGCUGAAAGGUGUGUGCAAUUAGAAACGAAGUUUUUUACCAUACUCAAUGGGUUGUUUUACGAAAGUGUCGGAGCGCCUGAUGUUUUGAAACUGAACGUGCAUCUUGAGUUCUGUUACGAAAGAAUAUAUGCCGAGAAACCCAUGAAUUUGGAUAUAGUUACGAUGGCUAGGGCAAUAGAAAACUUUUAUAUGGAUUAUUCAAAGCGCUUGGAGGCCAUUCAUAGCAAUGCAGUGAAGCGGGCUGUUGCUCAAUGCAUACAGACAGAACGUCGGAAAAUGAAUAAAGCGAGGCACGCUGCAAGAGAGCUACUUUCUUUUAAUAGAUUGGAACGAGACUUGAUGCGCGCCCAUGAACCUGUAACCCACGUCCAAUCGUUUCUGCCGCCAAUUAAAGGGGCUAAAUUUCAAAGAAAGGUCAAAAGACAAUAUUCUACAGCACUUAAAAUACAUAAUGAAGAUCAGAAGCCUUUAGACGAGUCAGAAAUCGAGUAUCUCACACUCUUCACAGAUUGGACUGAAGGGGACAAUCCUGCUAAAUAUCUACAUAGGCUAGAAGAUGAAAACUAA